UUUAGAUCGUUUUUUUUAUGCAGUAUAUAAAAUGGACGAACUAAAACUUAACUGGUUUAGUGAAUUGAAUUCCUUAUGGCCAGGACAAUGUAUGUCAUUGGAGGUAGAAGAAGUUUUAUUUCACGAACGCUCAAAGUAUCAAGAUGUUUUAGUUUUUAAAAGCAAAACUUACGGCAACGUAUUAGUCCUCGAUGGAGUGAUUCAAUGCACUGAAAGAGAUGAGUUCGCUUACCAGGAGAUGAUCGCCCAUCUUCCUUUGUUCUCUCAUCCCAAUCCUAAGAAUGUUCUUGUAAUAGGGGGUGGUGAUGGCGGAGUUAUCAGGGAAGUUCUUAAACAUUCAUCUGUGGUUUCUAUAACACAGUGCGAGAUUGAUCAGGUAAUAAAGCGUAAAAUAACUAAUCAGUAAUCACCCACCAAGUAA